GGUGAGAGUUCGAAAAAUGAAGAACCAAUCUAAUGCUAAAACCUAAAUAAGAAUAUGCAGAGAUUUGGGUUUUAGUUCUUUUUUGAGUGACGGCGAAAUCAGUGAAACCACACAGGAAAGCUUAGCUUAUGGGUCGGCCUCCCAGCAAUGGAGGCCCUGCCUUCCGUUUCACUGCUCCCGAGGUUGCGGAGAUGGAGGCUAUACUGCAAGGACACAAUAAUACCAUGCCGUCUCGGGAAGUUCUGGUUUCUCUUGCUGGGAAGUUCAGUGAAUCGGUUGAACGGAAAGGGAAGAUUGCUGUGCAAAUGAAGCAAGUUUGGAAUUGGUUCCAGAAUAGGCGAUAUGCUAUCAGAGCAAAGACAACAAAGGUUCCCGGAAAGUUGGCUGUCUCUCCAAUUGUCCAAGUCGAGUCAACACCCCCGAGAAAUGUGCCUCAAACCAUAGUUGUUCCUGCUCCCACACUAGUAGGACCCCUAAAGCGUGCUCCAGACAAUCCAUUGUCGGAAUUUGAAGCUAAAUCUGGGAGGGAUGGUGCAUGGUACGACGUUGCUACCUUUUUAUCCCAUAGAUCUGUGGAAAGUGGUGACCCGGAAGUACUAGUUAGAUUUGCUGGUUUUGGAUCAGAUGAAGAUGAGUGGGUUAAUGUCAGAAGGAACAUUAGACCUCGUUCUCUACCUUGUGAAUCUUCAGAAUGUGUGGCAGUUCUUCCAGGCGACCUCAUCUUAUGCUUUCAGGAGGGUAAAGAGCAGGCACUUUACUUUGAUGCCCAUGUGCUUGAUACACAAAGAAGAAGACAUGAUGUACGAGGUUGUCGCUGCAGGUUUUUGGUCCGUUAUGAUCACGAUCAAUGUGAGGAAAUUGUUCAGUUGAGAAAGAUUUGUCGUCGGCCUGAGACCGACCACAGGUUGCUACAGCUUCAUGCUGUAAACGAAGCAGCAUCGAUGGAGCCCUCAAGAACUGGCAUGGAUUCUGUACUGCUCAGUGGUCAGACGAUAAGUUUCGAGGCAACCCAAAAGCUACUCAACAAGGAUGCAACCAUCGUUAUACCAAAUGCAAAUGCAAAUAUAAAUGUCCAUGCCCAAACUAGUACUCAGGAAGCAAGGAAUACAGUCACUAACAGCGCCCCAGCCGUAUUCAACGUUGGUAAUCACGCAGGUAGCUCUGCUUCUCGAGCGGUAUCAUGACCAGCUCUGUGUCUGGUAUGUCAGCAGACAAUGUGUCUGAAUGGGAAGUUAGUUGAUUAUGGAAAAACUUCCUUCCAUCAGUCUAAUCUUAACCGAACCUAUCAAUUUAAAAUUUUGCCCGACUCGUUUUUUUAGGAUGAGUAAAUACACAGUGAAGUCUGUUUUUGCCCCAUGUUUCAAAGUGAUAGCUUCCCAUCCACUUGCUUUGAAUGCUGAACGUUCUCGACCGAUGAAACAUGCAAGAGCCACACCUCGAUCGUAGUAUCGAACAGGUCAGAGGCAUCAUCUCUCUUGUUUUACUUUUUUCUUCUCUGCUUAGCCAAGCCAAACCAAACCAAACCAUGGCUCUACACUGAUCAUAAAUCUUACUGCUUAGUUUUCCCAUAGAGCUGUGCCGAUUACCAAAUUUUACUAACGAUAUCGAUGCACUCGACAAAGGGUUCUCUUCGAAUUGUUAAAUGCCAUGUGAAAAACUGGACUUGUUUGUGUACCUUUGGCUGAAGGGCAGUCAACUUAAUGCAUUACAGGAACCUUUAGAUAUA